UUUGUGGUUCUGUCAGUCUGCGACAUCCUUUUCACAACUACCUCUCCACAUUGUCUCAUGCUCCCACUCUGAGUGCUUCUCGUCUUGAACUCUACAAGGGCGUCAUCAGUCUCUGCAGACCUCGUUGCUCACAGAAGGGUGUGGGGUACUUGAGUUCCAGAGAAGCUUUGAAUAACAAAGAGGGGAGAAAUAAAAGGAAUAAGUCCAACAAGCUCUCAGUCAUCCAGCAGGGAAGAGAAGACGCAGGAAUAACCAUGCCUGAGCCAGUCCCUGAAGCUAAGCCAGCCGAGGACGCACCCCCAGCAGAUGGAGGUUCAGAAGCUGAUGAUGAUGCUGAGAAAAACGCUGCGGGGCAGGAGAAUCAAUCAACUACACUCACUGGGCUUUUUGUGGAGAAGCCGGCAGAGAAUGUGGUUGCUGUUGCAGGAUCGGAUGUGACCUUCGUAGCCAAGGUGGACUCAAGUUCCCUGAUGAGAAAACCCACUAUGAAAUGGCUGAAGGGAAAGUGGUUGGACCUUGGCAGCAAGGCUGGCAAACACUUGCAAUUCAAAGAGACAUAUGACAGAAACACCAAGAUCUACACAUAUGAAAUGAAGAUUGUCAAAGUGGUGGCUGGAGAUGCUGGAGGCUAUAGGUGUGAGGUGACAUCUAAAGACAAGUGUGACAGCUCCACCUUUGAGAUCACUGUGGAGGCUGCACAUCAGGAGGACCAAGCAGAUAUUUUGUCUGCGUUCAAAAGAGCUGAUGCUGGAGAGGAUGAGGGAGACCUGGAUUUCAGUGCCCUACUGAAAGCUGCUAAAAAGAAGAAGAGGGCUGAGAAAACGGAGCCGGAGAUUGAUGUGUGGGAGUUGCUUAAAAGUGCCCAUCCAAGCGAAUACGAGAAAAUCGCCUUUCAGUAUGGCAUCACUGACUUGAGAGGCAUGCUGAAGCGUCUAAAAAAGAUGAAAGAAGUGCAGAAGCCUAGUGAGGCUUUCCUGAAGAGGCUUGAGUCUUGUUACUCCGUGGAAAAGGGCAAGAAAAUCGUCAUGUCGUGUGAGGUUCUUGAUCCUAAUGUCCAGGUCAAAUGGUUGAAGAAUGGCCAGGAGAUCAAGCCAUCAGCCAAGUAUGUCAUGGAGGCCGUUGGUAACGUCCGAACUCUCACCAUCAAUAAGUCAAAUCUGUCUGAUGAUGCUGCAUAUGAGUGUGUGGUUGGAGACGACAAGUGUUCCACUGAGGUGUAUGUCAAAGAGCCCCCCAUCACCAUCACCAAGCUUAUGGAUGACUAUCACGUAGUUGUGGGAGAAAGAGUGGAGUUUGAGAUUGAAGUGUCUGAGGAGGGAGCUCAUGUCAUGUGGUUCUUUGAGGACCAGGAGCUUAUUAAAGACAAAGAGUCAACAAAAUAUCGAUUCAAGAAGGAUGGGAAAAAGCACACACUUAUCAUCCAGGAGGCCACUCUGGAUGAUGCUGGAAUGUACCAUGCCUGGACAAACGGAGGGCACACCAAAGGAGAGCUGGAAGUGGAAGAAAAGGAGCUUGAGGUCCUGCAGGACAUUGCUGACCUGACAGUCAGAGCUACAGACCAGGCCAUGUUCAAGUGUGAAGUGUCCGAUGACAAGGUCACAGGGAAGUGGUUCAAAGAUGGAGUGGAGGUGUUGCCAAGUGAGCGCAUAAAGAUGACUCACGUCGGAAGGUUUCACCGGCUGAUUAUUGAAGAUGUGAAGCCAGAGGACGCAGGAGACUACACAUUUGUUCCUGAUGGAUACGCUCUAUCACUGUCUGCUAAACUAAACUUUCUGGAAAUUAAGAUUGACUAUGUACCAAGGCAAGAUCCACCUAAGAUCCACCUGGACACAACAGGAAACAUGGUGUCUCAGAAUACCAUUAUUGUGGUGGCAGGCAACAAGCUUCGCCUGGAUGUGGAGAUCACAGGAGAGCCCGCACCCACUGUGGUUUGGUCCAAAGGAGAGGAGGCAAUCACAGCAACUGAAGGACGGGUAAGGGUGGAGUCCAGGAAAGACCUCAGUUGCUUUGUCAUUGAGGGUGCUGAGAGAGCUGAUGAGGGCAACUACAACAUCUGUGUAACAAACCCUGCAGGGGAAGACAAGGCAAUGAUAUUUGUUAAAAUUGUGGAUGUCCCUGAUCCCCCAGAGAAUGUAAAAUGCACCGCAGUCGGUGAGGACUGUGCCACCAUUGUUUGGGAGCCUCCUAAAUUUGACGGUGGUGUACCAAUCAAAGGUUAUCUCAUGGAAAGAAAGAAGAAAGGCUCCUCCAGAUGGACAAAGCUCAACUUCGACGUCUACGAAUCUACUACAUACGAGGCCAAAAGGAUGAUUGAAGGAGUCCUGUAUGAAAUGAGAGUGUUUGCUGUCAACAGCAUUGGCUUGUCUCAGCCAAGUCUCAACUCCAAACCCUUCAUGCCCAUUGCCCCAACCAGCGAGCCGACACGUUUGACGGUCCAUGAUGUGACAGACAGUACAUGCAGCUUGAGGUGGCUCGCCCCAGAAAAGAUUGGAGCUGGUGGUCUGGAUGGUUAUGUUAUUGAGUAUUGCAAAGAGGGAGCCACUGAAUGGGUAGCUGCAAACACAGAUCUGUGUGAGAAGCAGGGAUUUGUGGUGCGUGGCCUUCCAGUGGGAGAGAAGAUCAAUUUUAGGGUGGUGGCAGUAAACAUUGCUGGUCGCAGUCCGCCUGCUACACUGUCACAACCUGUUACCAUCCGUGAGGUUGUUGAACAUCCAAAGAUCCGCCUUCCGCGUGAGCUGAGGACAAAAUACAUCCGAAAAGUUGGUGAAAAGAUCAACCUGACCAUCCCAUUCCAGGGUAAACCCCAUCCUGUGGCAGCUUGGUUCAAGGAUGGCCAGCCAGUUGAUCCCAAGAUGGUCAACGUUCGUAACACGAAUGUAGACAGCAUCCUCUUCAUACGCUCGGCAGAAAGAGAGCACUCUGGAACAUACGAGCUGGUUCUGAAGAUUGAGAAUAUGGAGGACAGAGCCUCCAUCAACAUCAGGAUUAUUGAAAAGCCUGGGCCUCCAUUGAAUGUGAGGGUAACAGAUGUCUGGGGGUUCAAUGCUGCACUGGAGUGGGAGCCCCCCAAAGAUGAUGGCAACACUGAGAUCACUGGAUACACCAUCCAGAAAGCCGACAUGAAGACUAAGGAAUGGUUCACCGUUUAUGAACAUAACAGACGGACAAACUGCACAGUCUCCGAUCUGAUUAUGGGUAAUGAGUACAUGUUCCGAGUCUACAGUGAAAACCUCUGCGGCCUGAGCGAGGAGCCGCGGUUUAGCAAGAACACGGCUGUCAUUCCUAAGACAGGCCUUGAGCUCAAACAACCUUCCUAUAAGGAGAAAGACAUGGCUUGUGCACCGAAAUUUACCCAGCCCCUAGUGGACAGAUCUGUUGUAGCGGGAUACAGCACUGCAAUCAGCUGUGCUGUGAGAGGCUUUCCCAAGCCUAAGAUUGUGUGGAUGAAGAACAGAAUGAUCAUUGGGGAGGAUCCCAAGUUUCUGAUGCAAAACAACCAAGGAGUGCUGACACUCAACAUCCGCAAGCCAGGCACUUUCGACGCAGGCAAAUACUCCUGCAUGGCGGUCAAUGACCUGGGUCAGGAUGAAGUGGAGUGCAAGUUGGAUGUCAGAGUUGCCAUAGAUCCAGACAAAAAAUGAAGAGCCAAAGAACA